AUGGAAUUUGGCCCUUCAUUCUACCACGAAUUCGCAGAGGCUUGGGGGAAACAGGACGGCUAUCGCCUUGCACCCACAUUAUCACCCGAGUUAUCGACUGAGCAACUAAGGACGAUCUAUCAGAGCCAAAAUGCUCACAACGUCAAAAACGCGCUCAAGCACGGCCUCCAGGGGAGUGUUGCAGGCGUUGACAGGAUUGACCAGGUUGAACUUCAGGCCUGGGUAGAAGUGUACGCGGCGUACUGGAAGGCCACUGGAGUGAUCCUGGAUGCUUGGGAGACAAGCGAUGGCGACAGCAAGGAGUUGCCGUGGUCGAAAGUCUACGAGGCGUGGACUGACCUGCUGAAUUUCCUCCUCCGGGGAUACCAGAACGCCGGCUUCGAGGCAUGGACGAUCCCUUGUCUGUAUGUUGUGUGUAAACACUUGCGCAUUUUUGCCAUUAAGGCAGAUGCAGAGCGCAACAGCAACAGCGCCAGCUCUCUCGAUGAUGGUGCAGCAGCGAACUUCCAAGAUGAUUUCGACCCGGAGACCAACAAAAACCAGAAGCUGGAAGACUGUGCGAGAGUUCUGGGUAGGGUCUUCAACGUGUGCCAUAUGGAUAGGGCGCCAAUCGAAGAGUCGCGAAAGUGGGCUAGCUACUAUAUCGCCAACCUCCUUCUCAAGACAUACUUCAGGCUGAACUCGGCGUCCUUGUCCAAGCACAUCCUCAAUAGCCUACGUGCAGGACGGGCUGAUAUGCCCCCAUUCUCGGCCUUUCCGAAAUCUCAGCAAGUAACAUUCGAGUACCACCAAGGGGUGCUUGCCUUCCUGGAGGAGAACUAUGCAGAGGCCGAGGAGCAUUUGACCGCUGCAUGGAACCAGUGCCACAAAGCCGCUACGCGGAACAAGGAGCUCAUUCUGACAUAUCUCAUCCCCUGCCAUCUGAUCACGAAUCACACCCUUCCAACCGAGAAACUACUGGAGCCCUAUCCAAGGCUGCAGAAGCUCUUCUUGCCGCUCUGCCGGUGCAUCAAGAGGGGCGAGCUCCACAAGUUUGACCUCGCCCUUCAGGAGGGCGAGGACGAGUUCGUCAAGCGACGCAUUUACCUUACGCUGGAACGCGGCCGCGAUAUCGCGCUGCGCAACCUGUUGCGGAAGGUCUUCAUUGCCCGUGGCUUUGAGGAUGCAAAGGAAGGGGAGAAGCCCGUUCGCCGCACCCGCGUGCCAGUUGCCGAGUUCGCAGCCGCCAUCAGCCUCGGCAGUCAAGAAAAGAUCGACAAUGACGAGGUUGAAUGCCUGUUGGCCAAUAUGAUCUAUAAGGGCCAUAUGAAGGGAUACAUUUCCCGCCAGCACGGCAUUGUAGUGCUCAGCAAGUCGGGGGCAUUUCCCGGUACCGGGGUAUGA